UGUCAAGGGCUUGUCCUCCUGACACGCUGUCCGCGAGCGAAUGAACGAGAACUUCACGCCACAGACGGCCACCCGCCUCUCCGGUCGCACAUCCGAGCGCUGUGCUUCACUCGACCCGGCCUGCUGCGCCGAGAGUCAUCAGACCAAGCGGCGUUGCGUGUUUCGCUCCGCACCAUCGCUCAGCGACCUCUCGACGGCGCUACUGGGCACACGCGACCAGGUCCUCGCCUGCCUCAAGAUCCAGUCGCGCGUGCGCGCGUGGAAGCAGCAGCUCCAAGCCGCACGUGCGGUGACGGAUGAGUGCAUGCCGGACGAGGAUGAGUGUGCCAUCUGCUGCUCGUUGCUAUGCGAGCCCUCGCGUUGGCCGGCCAUCGCCGACAGCGAGUGCGAGCACCGCUUCUGCAAGCCAUGCAUCGCUCAGUGGAUGGCCCAGCAAAAGUCGGAUAACCCAACCUGCCCGCUCUGCCGCGCGCCUGCCCUGGCCCGCCUCUCGCGAGGGGCGAUCGAGGUCGACGAGACGGAGGCGGCGCGGCUGGCGGAGCGGCAUCCGUGUUUGUACGCGGAGCGACUGACCCUCCACCGCGCGAUGUCGGCCCAGCUGCGCGUGCACGAGCAGACGGGGCGUGUGACCAUGCCGGUCGCGGUCGGCUUCCCAGAGGUGCAGCAGCGCUCCGACAGCUACUACUGGGGCUACUUCUCGUUCUCGCGCACCGAGCACCUCAACGCUCUCGCCCACGCCCUCGCUUCGCCGCGCAGGCAGAUGCUCGUCCUCAGCGGCGAAGAGCGCGGGCAGGGCGCUCGCGGGCGCGUGGUCACCGUCACUCUGUCCUGGUGGCUGCUGGUCCGGUGCCGCCGCUCCGGAGUAGUCCGCACUGCCGCCGGCGACGCCGACGGCGGCAACGUCGCCGCGAGCGCUCUCCUCCAGGCGCUCGUGGCGCGCCGGACCCGGUGGGGGCAGGUGUGCGUGGAGCUCCGUGUGGAGCGUGCGUGCGCGCUGGCCGCGCCGGCGUGCGACGACGAGGAGCGCCUGGGCGUGACCAUGGGCGAGGUUCGAUACAGAUAGGACCCAUUUCUUUGCCGUGCAGAGCUAGAUUCAGAUACCCGGGUAGGAUCCUCGGUGCGCCCUCUUCUUCUUUCCUGGCAGAAUUAGUGCCAGUGCGCGCCAGUGCCGUGCCCAGAGAGAGAUUUUUGAAAACCAACAAGAAAUCACGACUCUC